AUGGCAACAGCCAUUGCUCACCUCCUACCCGACCUCUUGCAACAUCACUCCGAUAUGGGACAGGAUCUGCUGCUUGCAAUUGCUCCGGUAUCACGGGAGUUCCGGCAAGUAGCAAGGGAUGCCUGGGCCGAGAAGAAAGGGAACUACCGUGCUGGAACGCAGCCGGGGGUGUCCGUUCAGACCCCCGAGGCCUUGUGCGGGUUGCAAGAGGAGGACGUCACUCACUUGGCUCCCUGUGCGGUGCUCCGCACCCGGCACCGGUCCUAUCACAACGAUAUCAGUAUGUACAGGUGGCAGGAUGCUCUCGGAGUCGCCUUUGAGAAGCACGGCGGGCCGGAGGGGCUUCAGGGUGCCCUUGAUCAGCGCUCAAAGAGAGGGCUCAACAGGGGCGGCACUGCAAAAGCCAAGCGUGAGAGUGUCCUUGAGCGGAUCGUUGCUGACUUUGCACUCGACAAGAGGCCGGACAAGCGCAUCAUCCUUGAUGUUUGUUGCGAUCAAUUCCUGAGGAAUGGGAAGGGUGGCCAACGAGGAAUGAAGGCUCGCAUUGAGCGUUACAUACACUUUGACCUGGCAGCACCUCCUGCCACAGGAGGUCUCAAGUCCAUCCUGGACCAGUACAGGGAUCAGUAUCUGGCGAGCGGUGCUGACAAGGACCUCGAAGCAGCACUCAAUGCAAGCAAACUGUACGAGGCGUUGGGCGGGUGCGUAAACUGCCUGGAUGUCGAAGAUGCUGCAGCCUGUCUCACCGGCCACCUCGCCGUUGAUGAGGUCGUGGAGGCUGCAUGGGAUCGAGCCGCUCGUGAGAAGGAGUUGAGAGAGGCACUCGCUGCCAGAGGCUUGGAGUUGAGGUCAGACUCCCGGCUGUGUGAGCGAUACAUCUGGUUUGAAGAAGGCAAUGUCCAGAAGCUGGUUGAUACAAUGGAGGAGAUGCGAUUCUAUUUCGCACACACCUCGUACCCGUACGAGAUCAGGUAUACUUCGUCUCAGGAAGCCAAGAACAGGGCUCUCACGCAAUGGGUCAAAGAAGGGGGGCGGCCCAGUAAUCCCGAGCUGCCCCUGAGCCUGGUGCGAGCCGUUGACAGGCGUGUGUGGAAGCUAAAGAGAGCGGCUGUACAAUGA